AUGUCUCAAAGAACUCUUCCUUUGCUCAUUAUAAACCUCGGCGGAGAAAUGAUCUACAUUCUGGAUCAGCGCCUCCGAGCGCCGGAUGAAAACGAUGAAAAAACUCAGAGAGGCUGUUGGACAGAGGAUGACAGGAAAAGAGUUAUGAAUGAUAUAGUGAGCACUAUGUUUAGUAAAGUGUUUCUGGAGGAGCUCUUGCAGCCGCAGGAUCUGUACUCUCACCGAGCCCUGCGGACAGUGUUAACUCGGAUAGCACACACAUCUAUUAUGCGUCUCAAUCCGGCAAGCAUGGACAAGCUGUACGAUUUGAUGACCAUGGCCUUUAAGUAUCAGCUGGUUUUGUGUCCACGUCCACAAGAUUUACUGCUGAUCACCUUCAACCACACAGACGCCAUCAAGGAACUGGUAAAGGAUAAUCCCAGCCUCGUUAACCAGAUCAAUGAAGCCCAGCGGCUGCUUAUUGAGGUAUACACACCCUUAUCCGACGGUGAGCUUCAACUCAUCAGGCACACACUGCUGCUUCUCUUUCAAGAUAUGCAAAUCAGGGUUUCAAUCUUCUUGAAAGAAAAAAUCCAGAAUCCAAAUGGGCACUUUGUGCUGCAGACCUCAGGGCCGGUGCCUUAUGGACUUCAGGUUCCUGGUUUAAUCAGGUUGUUUAAUGCAAAAGGCAGAGAGGUGACGAGGAGCAGAUUUCCCAGUGGAGGAAGCUACACGAGUGCUUUAAACCCAGGAUCAUUGGACCUCUAUGGAGACAGGGUCACACUUCUAGGCACCAACAUGUACAGCACACCCUCACCUGAAGACAUGAACCCGUCAUCCACGCACACCAGCAGAGGGAAGCCAAAGCAGGCAGAUUCGACACCCAAUCCUUUGGCCACCGAGGAGCUCAAUCUGCUCGCGAAACUGAUGGGAGGAAUGGAGGUGCAGAAGCUCUCCAAUGUGGACGCUGGAUUCAAAGUCAACCUGCUGGCUUUAAACCAGGAGGAGGAGAGCAGUGGAACUUCAGAAGGAACUGAUCAACAUUCAUCAGCAGUCAUUAACAUUCAAGCCACGCAGGAUGAGCUGGCCAGCACUGAACUGGCUCGCAUAGCGGGAGAGUUUGAUGAAGAGGGAAACCAGACGGAGGAACUGGGAAACAAGGGUGACGAUUUGCUGGCCAUGAUGGAUGAGCUCUAA